AUGUGCUUUUUGAAUCUUUGCAAAAAAUUGAGACCGAAUCCGUUAGUUUUUAUAUUUUGUGUGAGUUCUUGUUGCUUCACAUUUGGAUUAUGUAUUGCUAUUUAUGAUAUUAAUAACUAUGGAAGUGGUUUAUACUUGGUAAGUCUUAUAUUUUUGAAAUACGUCAAUAUCAGAGUUUGUGAAAUUUUCCGAAUAAAAAUGAAAAUGCACAUAUUAAAAGGAAAUCUGCUCCAAAGAUCGUUUUCCAACGAAAAAGUUCAGAAAAAUAUUUUUGAUAAAAAAGUACAAAAACCUUAAUUUCCUGUCAGUUUACUUCAAACUAACAGUGAUAUACAUGAAUAUGAAUAAACUUUUCUACCCGUUCUAAAUUAUAUGAAUAAGAAAAGAAAGAAAUAUAAAGUAAUAAAGACGCAAUAGAGUGUUUAUGGAAAACACUGAUCACUUUUGUUCAACAAAUUGGAAAACCCCAACGUGUUCACUGUUCAGACACAUGUUUUUCCUAAAAAAAAGUACACAUCUACAAUAAUCUCAAUUUCCUGUCAACCCACAACGGUUUGAUCGUUGUCUUUAAUCAGUUUGUUAGAUUCCCCGUGUGCUACAAAUUUGAAUAAAAUAUCAAAUUCACAUUGCUAAAUUGAUGUCUUGGACAACAUCUAUCAGAGUUAUUCAAAAAAUUUCAACAUUAUUCUCGUUUUUAAUAAAUACUCUCCUUCUCAUUCUAAUCAUGAAAAAAACACCAAAACAAGUGGGACCCUAUAAAUAUCUUAUGAUCAAUAUUUCGGUUUUGGAAUUGUGUUAUUCUUUGAUUGAUACUAUAUUAGAACCUCUUAUUCUGUCACACGGAUCAAUAUUCAUUGUAGUUGUAGAUAUCAAAAACUCUUAUUUUUCAAAGUCUGUCAAUUUGUUUCUAUUAAUUAUUUGGAAUGCUUUUUUUGGCUUUUUCAUGGGAUUAUUUGCUUUGCAAUAUUUUUAUAGAUAUUUAGUGACUUCAAGGUUGUUUCAGAGAAAAAAAACGAAAGAAAAACUGUUUAUUGCAGUUCACCUUUCAUAAAACACUUCCGUGGUUUUCGAAUCAUUUUAUGGAUAGCAAUCCCUCUUAUUUGUGGCGUCAUUUGGGGAUCUAUUGAUUUUCUUUUAAUGGACUCAAACACUCAAAUUGAUAGUGUCAUAAGCUCAGACGUUUUGGAAAAACUUGGAUUAGAAAUGCAAGAAGUUUGUUAUAUUGGACUAUAUUUAUAUCCAAAAUUGGAAAACGGAGAUCAUGAAGUGAACGUGAAAUGUUUAAUAGGAUUGUUUUCUGUUGUUCUCAUACUCCUCGUCUCAAUAGCCUUGAUUGUUUGCUUUGCAUAGGGCUGCACGCGGGGCACCCCGCGAUGAAACACCGUGCAAAAAAUCAUUCGCCCCCUCGCCCCUUCGCCCCCUCGCCCCUUUGCCCCCUCGCCCCGUUGCCCCCUCGCCCCGUCGCCCCUUCGCCCCGUCGCCCCCUCGCCCCCGCUUGUAACUGUGUGUGGUGAAGAAAUAAAAGAAGAUAGAAGCGCGCACACAGUUACAAGCGGGGGCGAGGGGGCGACGGGGCGAAGGGGCGACGGGGCGAGGGGGCAACAGGGCGAGGGGGCGACGGGGCGAGGGGGCGAAGGGGCGAGGGGGCAAAAGCGUGGCGGGGCGAGGGGGCCGCCCCCACGCCCCAUCGUGCAGCCCUAGCUUUGCAGUUUUAUGUUAUUUUAAAAUGACAUCUUACGCUGGAAAAACUGACAAUGUUUCUGAAAACAUAAGUCGUCUACAAUCUCAAUUGUUCUAUUCACUGGUCACCCAAACACUUAUACCUAUAGUGUUGAUGCAUUUGCCCGCUUUCAUGAUUUUAAUCUGUUCAAUGUUGGAUUUUGAUAUAGGAAGAGCAAGUUAUGUAAUUUGUAUAACAAUUGCUUUGUUCCCAGCAUUAGAUCCAAUUCCUGUAAUUUUGAUAAUCAAAAAUUAUCGAGUUGCAGUGGCUGCUUUUGUUACUACAAUCGUUCCGAAAAAAAUCGUCCUUUUCUAAAAAGUUGAGUAUCAAUUAUAAAUAAAUGAAUAAAUAAUACUCAUCACAUGUUUCUCAUGAAUAUAUUUUGCAAUUAAUUUUUAAUUAAAGAAUUAAACAUCAAUUAUAAUUUUUUUGAAAAAUAAUCUAAUUUUUUUUUCAAUUUCAGGCUCUUGUCUCAAUUGUUACUGUUGUCGUGGUUCUUGCAUUUUGUUUAGUUGGCACAGAUGAGCAGGUAAUUCAAAUUCCCGUUUUUUGUCCGUUAGCUUCCUCCGUUUUCCGUUUGUAGAAUUUUCAAUUUUUUGCGUUCUCAUUGAUUGCUUGCGCGUUCGUCGACUAGCACUUUUUUGGUGUGUCUUGUUGUGUUAACUUUUGAAAUAGAAGAAAAGUGUGAUAGAAAAAAGAAACAACAUUGUUGUUUUGAGACGGAACCAACGGUCGCCAAGAAAGUGUGGUCUACGACGCGCCAAACAAUGAGACGUUUCAAAAAGGAACCAUCAUCUCGAAAUCGGGCUGGUGUUGAAAUCCGAAUCGUGAACAUUGACUUGGAAGCUGAAGGCGCAACAUCUUCCGAUGAACAGAAUUCAACACUAUGACAUCAUAAAGUAAGCCAAAAAUAGAUCGAGAAGCAAAAAAUAUGUUUUAUUUUCAGAAAUUCAUCUUCCAAGUACAAAAAAUCCCUAAUUGCUCAAUGUACAUACAAAGUUUGA